UACACUUGGAAAUCUAAUUCAUUCGUUUUGCCACUGGCUUCUUCAUUAUCAUGAAGCAAGCGUCAGAAAAUACCAUUGGGGCUGAUUCCACCGUACCAUACCACAGCAAGCCCGAGCGGAUUCAGGAGUUGCGUCGUCUGCUCCUCAAUUCAAUAGAAAAGUGCACCCCUUGCGACUGCAUCCUUCUUUCUGGUGGCGUCGACACAUCUAUCUUAGCAGAGGCAGCCUUUUCUGUAUACAAUAAUAAGAAAAAGAAUGAUGCAUCUGAUUCAAAUGACGAUGGUAACAAGAGUAGCUCUCGAUUACGGCCAAUGACAGGCGCUAUUACGGUUCUCUGUACAGACCAAGCGACAGAUGAAUUCUAUGCCACACAAAUUGCUGCCAGAACUGGGAUGGUCCAAGAGAUUGUCAAGAUCACACUGGACUCUGUACUGGAAGAACUCGAGUUCUGUAUCAAGGUAUUAGAAACGUUCGAUCCUAUGGAGCUCCGCAAUGGCAUCGUCAUCGCUAGAGGAUUGUCCGUAGCUAAAUCACUAGGCUAUAAGACAGUGAUGACAGGCGAUGGUGCAGAUGAACUAUUUGCAGGGUAUUCGUUUCUACAUGAUAUGUCCGCUGAGCGGCUCCAGGCUUAUUCCGAUAAAUUAACCAAGGUAAUGCGGUUUUCAGGGGUAAGGCUCGCUCAAGCAUUGGGGAUGGAAUUAGUUCAACCUUUUCUGGAUCCAGAAUUGGUUGCAUUCUCACAGCAAUGUACUCGUGAGGAAAAGAUCAAUUACCAUGAUCAUCUUAAAGAAAGAGAAUGGCAAGAUCGACUCUCAGGGAGACAACUUCAUGGAAAGUUUAUCUUGAGAGAGGCAUUCGAGAACGAAGCCUUCUCAGCUUGGCGCAAAAAGGAACCCAUCGAGGUCGGAUCCGGAACAACAGUCUUGCCAAAAUUAUUUCAGGAAUCCAUGGCACCUGAGGACCUCAAAACGGAGCAAGACAAGAUCUUGGCAGAAGAAGGGAUUAAAAUCAGGGAUGUGGAACAUCUAAAGUACUUUAAGGUGUUCAAGAAGGUCUUUGGAGAUGACAUGAACCAAUAUCCAGAAAAGCUUCAGAAAGAUGGUCGAGAUCCCUGCCCUGGUUGUGGAUUCAACCUGACAACACCUGACCAAACUUUCUGUGUGAUCUGUGGACAGUGGCCAGCUCGCGUCCUCCCACCGCCAGAGGAGGUUGCCAAGGCGGGGAAUGCAUCCGAAAAUAUAAAAAUAUAAAAAUAUAAAAAUAUAAAAAUAUAAAAAUAUAAAAAUAUAAAAAUAUAGAAAUAUUAAA